AGAGCCACCACGCAAAACAAUCCUUGAUACGGCAAGUGACGAUUUCGUUGAGGAAACCAACGAUUUGAUGGAAAAUGUGCGACGAAAGGUACGUCCGCACCAAUACCCAUGUCAGUCAGACGCUCAAUACUAGAACCAUGCACUUACAGUCCUAAAGCAAUCGGAGUCCUUAUGGUUUUAAAUACUGAAUCAGUUAUGUUUAUAUUUCAGUUUAAUUCACCGGCCCUGUUAUUAAUUUACAGACAGUCAAAUUAACUUUGAAUAUCGAUAAAUCAUUUUCGAGAGAAAUACUAUGAUAAUUGUGGGCGGUUGUGCUCCAGGGCACGCUAUCGCUGUGUAACUUGUAAAAAAUUGCUUGACAGUGGCAAAACGCCAUACAAACCGAAUGAGCAAUAAUAGGGUGUUUUCAUUAAUCCUGAACGAAAAUUUCGCUGUUCCUUAUUCCAGUCAAAAUGAGAAAAAUUAUUGUUCCAAAGGGUAUUAUUGACCACCUGAUUAUUCCAUUAUUCUAAAGGACAAGAUUUCUGUGAUUAUUUAUCUUCAGUCACUGAAAAAGAAUUACUUUACACAGAAAUUUUUGUACUUCAUACUACUUCAAGAAAACCGUUGACGUUUGACCAUUUUCUAAUCCCCUAUACUGCUCCCUCCCCCUCCCUAUGUGUCGUUAAUGAUGUAUAUUUUGCAAACCCUCCAUUCUUACUUUGGGUUAUAAAAAAGCCGCAAACCUUUUGACAGCCGCUUUGUUUGUGUGACUCAACAUCUAGGAUAUAAACAAGUUCUGAUGUGAUUCAUUUUGUUUUUGAAAUCAAGUAAAAAGUAACUAUAAAUGCGAGGUUAAACGGAGUGAUUCUCACUUAGCCGAAGCUUAUUUUUAUGUAAGAGAUGAAUGCAUUUAAUCGCUUUAUUUUGAGUCAUUUAAGGCAAUGGACUACAAAAGCUUAACGUUCUACUCUUUUAUCAGCCGGUUUGCGCCAUUUUUAAUUAUAGUUUUCCUCCGUACUGAAACAUGGCGCGCCAUUUCUUCGGGCCAAAUCUAAUUAUUAGAAUUAUUAGAAAUAACUACAGUCAAACCUAUAUCUUUGGGAAUGGCUUACUGACCGCUUAUCACACUUAAAAUUAAAGUGUAACAUUACUCUAAAAAAAAGUGUAAAAUCUUUGCCAGCCCCGGCAGCCUUUUUUUUCUGUGUAUUAUUACACAUUUUAUAAUAGUGUAAUUUAACACACAACUAGAGGUUAUGUUUACACACCAAUCGGUGUAAUGUGAGUGGUUUACACUUUGGUCAAGUGUAAAAUUGCAGUUCUUAUAAGUGUAAUAAAAUACUAAUAGAACAGUAAUAUUACACCGAAUGAUAGUGUAGUAGCUUUGCCAGCCCCGGCAGCCUUUUUUUUCUGUGUAUUAUUACACAUUUUAUAAUAGUGUAAUUUAACACACAACUAGAGGUUAUAUUUACACACCAAUCAGUGUAAUGUGAGUGGUUUACACUUUGGUCAAGUGUAAAAUUGCAGUUCUUAUAAGUGUAAUAAAAUACUAAUAGAACAGUAAUAUUACACCAAAUGAUAGUGUAGUAGCUUUGCCAGCCCCGGCAGCCUUUUUUUUGUGUGUAUUAUUACACAUUGUCCAAUAGUGUAAUUUGACACGCAACCAGAAGGUUCAUUUACACACCAAACAGUGUAACUGUGAAUGGUUUACACCUUGGUCAAGUGUAAAAUUGCACUUCCCAUAGGGGUAAUAAAACAUUAACAGAAAAGUAAUAUUACAUCAAUUUAUAGUAUUAGGCAAAAAAAUUACGCAUUUGAAAAAUAUAGGAAAUCACAUUUUUAAUCACUGAAUAAGCAGCUAGACUUCUAACAAUAAGUAAAAAUGAAAGGUCAAGUGUGCAAGCCAUGGUGUGUGACUGUCUAACUGCUUAGGAGUGAUGCGUACUGUCCUAUCACAAAUCAGUGCUUGGGGCAGAGCCCGAGGAGGUUCAAGGUUUGAGCUGCAAGGUGGUACCCGGGAAAGAUAGUUAGCAGGAAGUCUUCCUCUCCAAUUAUUAGUAUUUUUACAGUCAUGGUGUAAUGCCUUUCCCACAGUAAAAAUGGAUGGCGGUGCAUCUUUUUUGCUUCUUCUAGAUAUUGUCCUCUUGUGGCUGCAACCUGCGUGACAAAUGAAAUUGAAAAAAAAAACAAGACUUGUUUUAGUCGAUAUUAAAGUGUGAAUCUUAAUUUAUUGUAUCGGUCAUGAGGGUUGAAAAUAGGACUGAGUGUUUGGGAGUUCCUUCUAAUUGAACUAACACAAUAAUGCUCUCUUGAACAACAUGGUUAAGGCAAACUACUUAAAUCAAAUUUCAUUCACAAAAUAAUUACAUAUUAGGUUUAAGAUGUAAAAAGGUUUUUUCUCUAGAGUCUUAACAAUCAAGUACAUUUUUCCUCCUCUACAAAACAAAACACAGCUUCAGAUAUUGAAUUCAGAUAUCAAAUCACAAAUUAAAAUAACUCAAAACAUAUGUGUUAUUCCAAUCCAUGACCCCCAGUAACACUACAGGCGGGCCAAACCACCUGACUGAGUCAUUAGUCAAAGGCGGGCAUGAAAAUUACCACCUUGCAUAACUGCCUAGCCGGUGGACCAGAGCCAUGAUGAAAACAAAACACACUAUUAGACUUUAUAACUUGGUAUGGAAACAAAAGUUUGACUGGUAUACAAUUCAGAUAUCCGAUUACAAAAUUACUCAAAAGACAUGUUUUAUUCCAAUCCAUGACCCCCAGUAACAGGCGGGCAAAACCACCUGACUGAGUCGUUAGUCAAAGGUGGGCAUAACCAUCUUACAUAACUGCCUGGCCGGAGGACCAGGGCCAUGAUGAAAACAAAACACACUAUAAGACUUUAUAACUUAGUAUCGAAACAAAAGCUUCACUGGUAUACAAUUCAGAUAUCCGAUCACAAAAUUACUCAAAAAUCAUGUUUUAUUCCAAUCCAUAACCCCCAGUAACAGGCGGGCAAAACCACCUGACUGAGUCGUUAGUCAAAGGCGGGCAUAACCACCUUACAUAACUGCCUGGCCGGAGGACCAGGGCCAUGAUGAAAACAAAACACAGUUAUACAACUUUAUAACUUGGUAUCGAAACGAAAGCUUCACUGGUAUACAAUUCAGAUAUCCGAUCACAAAAUUACUCAAAAAACAUGUUUUAUUCCAAUCCAUGACCCCCAGUAACAGGCGGGCAAAACCACCUGACUGAGUCGUUAGUCAAAGGUGGGCAUAACCAUCUUACAUAACUGCCUGGCCGGAGGACCAGGGCCAUGAUGAAAACAAAACACACUAUAAGACUUUAUAACUUAGUAUCGAAACAAAAGCUUCACUGGUAUACAAUUCAGAUAUCCGAUCACAAAUUUACUCAAAAAACAUGUUUUAUUCCAAUCCAUGACCCCCAGUAACAGGCGGGCAAAACCACCUGACUGAGUUGUUAGUCAAAGGUGGGCAUAACCACCUUACAUAACUGCCUGGCCGGAGGACCAGGGCCAUGAUGAAAACAAAACACACUACAAGAUUUUAUAAAUUGGUAUCAAAACGAAAGCUUCACUAUACAAUAUUAUUCACAUAUCCGAUCACAAAAUUGCUCAAAAAACAUGUUUUAGUCCAAUCCAUGACCCCCAGUAACAGGCGGGCAAAACCACCUGACUGAGUCGUUAGUCAAAGGCGGGCAUAACCACCUUACAUAACUGCCUGGCCGGUGGACCAGGGCCAGGAUGAAAACAAAACACAGCUAUACGACUUUAUAACUUGGUAUUGAAACGAAAGCUUCAGAUUCAAUUCAGUUAUCUGAUCACAAAAUUACUCGAAAAACACGUUUUAUUCCAAUCCAUGAGUCCCCUGGAAACAAGCGGGCAAAACCACCUGACUGUGUCGUUAGUCAAAGGAGGGCAUGACCACCUCACAUAACCACCUGGCCGGUGGACCAGGGCCAUGAUGAAAACAAAACACAGGUAAAGUAAUGAAAAUGAUAUUAAGCCUUUUUAAGCCUCGUGCAAUUACAGGUUUUUGUCUGCAAAAACACAUAUAAACAUUAGGCAAGCUUAAUAUAUUUUUCUGGUUUGGAUUUAUCUCUAUUCUACAUAUCAAAUACAAGUCGAUGUACAGGUCCGGUACGAAUAGCCACUAGGUAUAAUGUAAGAAAAAUAAAUAAAGAUAACUUACAUUAUAUCAACAUUUGGGAUCAAAAGGUGCAAAAUUCUGUGUUUUAUGAAGCAUUUCUACCGAUCAUUUGAAUAGUAAAUGUAUGGAAUCAAAUGUCGCGCGUGACAUCACGAUCCCCCGAACAGUUCGGGUGGUACGCUUGUAAUACACGUCUUUUGUUUGCAAAGAGCAAAACCACUCGAAUUAAAAGUAAUUAAAUUCGCUAUAAAUAUUUUAAGCUUCAAUUUGAGUCUGCAAAAACAACAAGGUGAUACAAUGCAGUCUUCGCUGUUGACGUCAUGUCACGCGACCUUUUGGCGGUUAAAAGCAAACGAACAACCAACGGCAAUAUUCACAAAACAUUUCAGUCAGCUUAUAUCCAGUAUUUAUAUUUCUAAUGUUAGUCGUAUAUAUCUGUCUACUCUCAGGCUAUUCUCCUAACAAGCCUAAACAAAAAUUUGAGGCGAAAUAGCGAGGUUAUCUUAAUUUCGAGAUUUCAAAGCUAAACACCACACAAUGCGCUUUUGAUAUCGCAUCGCGCUCUCCCACAGUAGGAAAACCGCUCAAGGUGUUGCAGUACGGUAAAACAAUACUUCAAAAGCCUCAAGAAAUCUAGGGCCAGACUAUAGUUUUCACAUAAAACUCAGAAAUUACGGAAAGUAUACUCACCUCGAAAUGCGAAAUGCGCCGUCGUAAUCUUUGAACAUGUUUGAAUGCAUGGUUUUUGCUCUCUUCUUAGCAGUCAUUUGGAGCCUCCAUCAUCCUUUGCUCUAACAAUCGGCCCUACAUCCUUGUUAACUUGAAAUCAAUGAAGACUUUGAGUUAAAAUCUUCAAAUUUACGGCGCUUAAUUUUAGUACAACCUUCGUGGAGGACGGUUGGAACAAAAGAUGAAUACAAACGGUAUUCAAGUGUCUUUAUCGGCAACAUCGUCGAUCCUGAUUGCACGAAAAUUCGCGCCCUGUCACUUAAGCUCCUGGUGACUGACUAUACGUAAUCUUUGGAUCUGCUGCGGCUUUUGACUCAGUCACGUAAUUUAUGUUGCUGUAAAUUUCCUCUUCGAGAACACGCGGAAAAGGAACAUGGUCUGAAUUAAAUCGAUAGUACGAAGACAAUGGACAAUGAAGAAAAAAAAAAAAAGAAAAGAAGAAGAAGAAAGAAACAUAGUGUUACAUUUCUCAGGAAAGAUAGAAACCCGCACAAAUGACAGUCCUGUCAAUGGAGUGAUGCAUCGUUAGCGGUUUAGGUCAUUUCAUUAAUUUAGCUAAAACACCUUUCAAUUUACACAUGUAUACAAAUGCAGUUGCGUGAAUUUCGUACGAUAUAUCUGAAAUGAGACCUUAGACUGCAGCUGAAGUAUAUACCUGCUACAUGUACAACUAGCGGCUCAGAUAACUUAUUCACGCGAUGAAGAUUUUCUUGCUUCGAUAUUUUUUUUAAAAAAAGAGAGUGGGUGUUUUAUUCUAUAAACGUAUAAGUAUGCACAUGUGAGUGCAUAAUUACCUCCGCUGUGGUAUACAUUUACUCUGUAAGUAAAUGUUAAAAAUACCUAUAGUUUCAGCCUAAACGUGAUGUAAAAAUACUCAAAAUAACGAGUAUCACUACACCAUAAUUUCUGUGUAGUGUUUUACACCAUAAAAAGUGUAACUUUAUAAUUUUUCUUUUCUAACAAUACACUUCAAUUUUAACACUUUUAGUUGGUGUUAAAGUACCCGAAAAAACGAGUAACACAACACUACAAAUUGUGUAAUAUUACUCUGUGUUGUUAGUAUACUCUAACACCGAUAGGUGUGUUUAAUUCUAUAAGUUUAUUAGUGUAAAAUUACCUUUACUAUGGUAUACAUUUACGCUGUAAAAACGGGUAAAAUGUACACCGUACCCUGCGUGUAAUGUUACAAUAGAAAAAACUGUAAAAGUAUACCUUUAACUGUGUAAUAUUAUCAUGUUAAGAGUACUAGCUCUUUUAUACUAAAGUUUGCGUAAAAUUACCCGACGUAAAGCGUAACACAACACUGAAAAUUCUGUGUAACGCUUUACUCGUUAAAAAGUGUAAUAUUACAAAUUUUCCUUUGUAACAUUACACUUUAAUUUUAAGUGUGUAUAAUACAGAUUGACUCUUCAGCUGACUCUUUCAUACAAGUUUGCCAAACCUAUCUAUGACCGGAGUUUAUCAAGAAAAUCAAGAUGGUGACAAAGCGAAAUAUCCACAACACGGCAACUGUUGAAGGGGUACACAAACUGUUUCACCUUUUUUUGUGCCAAAGUGACCGUUGAACAGGUGGAGACAAUAAAAAAUAACUCGUUGGGACCAUGAAAAAGGUGACCGCUUCAGAAUAUAAGGCCCGGUUCAGACGCCGCUCCACUCAUGUGCCGAACCUAACUGAUGAAUUAAGUACGGCAAAAGAUCAGAGCGGCGUCUGAAUCAAUUUGGUACGGCACUUUUAGUUUGGUGCGGCAAAAGCGUUAAGUUCGAAAGAGUCUGUCGAACUUUUGUCGAAUUUAACUUAGGCUCGACACACGGUACGCCGUCUGAAUCAGAUGUCGCGCCAGUGUCGCUCCAAAGUCAAACUUAUUCAGUUAGGUUCGGCACAUGAAAAGUACGGCGUCUGAACCAGGCUACAGGUCAGCUCUAUAGUAAUUCCGGAACUUACGAAAGUGACCGCUUAAUGCAGGUCCACUCAAAUUAAUACAGGUUAGAUUGUAUGUUAUGAGCUGGACAAGGAAAGUAAUGUUACCGCUUGCUUACUAGCGGUGAAAGAUUUCACUUAAAGAUUCUAAAAUAGAUUUAUGUACUUUUAACAAAUCACCUUAUUCAAAUGUACGCUUCAUCUAAGAAGAAAAUUAUGACAUAUCAGUUUUUUAAUAUGGAUAAUAUAUAAUCAACAAUCUUACCAUUUUUACCUACGCUAAUAGGGAGGUUACGCAACGACGACGAGGGCGGCUACGAAAAGAUCACUUAAAAAGUGAAUUUGCACUCCCUCAGACUUAACCUCGUUAAAUCCGUCAAAUGUUGGCAAAUUUUUUUGGAGUUGAAUUAUAAAGUGAGGACUGGUUCAAAGUUCAGGAAAAGAAAAAGAAAGUUGUCUUCUGUUUCUGUCCUCGACAAAACAUGAAAUUAGUGCGUAGUUUCACGUUGGAGUCGUGCAACGACGGCAGAGAAACGUACAAAACAGAAUGAUGGACGUGCAAAGUUGUUGUUUUGCUUGUCCAAACCUAUUUCGUUUUUGCCGUUCUCCUUGCCGUCGCCGCCGUCGUUGCGUGAACUCCCUAAUAAAAAAGUGUGUUCACAGCUCAGUCGCUGAGUUGUCUGAGUUGAGAUCUAGAAUAGACGGGCAAUAUUUUUAUAGUCUAUACAUCUAUGUGGUCGAGUGAGCUAGUGAUUAACUAAAGGCUAUUGUAUAAGCAGUUCUCGCUGCUCUUUCGAGCUCUUUGAGCAAUAUUAAAACCUUUCAUGCUCCGGAUGAAAAGCUGGAAAACAAGUCUACGUUUAAUCUAACCACCCGUCCGAGUCAUGAUCUGUAGUCGUUUUAAACUAAAGCACACUUCCAUUAACCUCCCUAAAUACUGAGCCAUACGCGUUACAAAGCUUGUUUAAAUUUAAUCAUGACAACUCAAGAACGGCUAUGCUUAUUUAAAUCUUUUACUUGUUUCAUUGACGAAAAAUGUUCAGGAACCUAUUUAGCUUCUUUUCCCAAAUCGUCUAUCCCCGUUUCACUGUUUCGCUUUAUAAGUAACAUACUCUGGAUAUUUCAGUCGCUUCAAUUGUGUCAAUGAGGCAGUGAACUGUCUUUUUGAGCUUUUAAACACACUCUAUUUCCUGAUCCCGGGAAUAAUAAAUUUUUAGACCAGCAGUGACUUUUAAUUCUUCUGCAAAACCUUGUAGCUGUAAUUGAUGGCAUACUUUAUUCUGCCUUCCAGAAUGAAAGAAUAAAAUUGCUUAUAGAUAAUUGCAGCUUAGUUUCUGAUAUUUGUUCAACAUUCACUUUUUGUUUUUUCAUUUAUUUGUGAGCUCUUUGUUGCAGUGUUUUAACGGCUUGUGCUGAAGCCGCAAGGUAUCGUUGUAACGAAGUCACUAAUGAUUAAUUUCAAGAUUUUCAGUUAGCUGUUAUAUAACUUUAGAGCUCACUGUUACGUAAGAGUUGAAAUUAAGAAAAAGCCAAGUUUGGUUUAGCCUGCGAACCGCAGACGCAUUUCCGGGACCGGAAAUGCGUCUGUGGUUCGCAGGCUAAGUUUGGUUAGGAAAGGCUCUGGAAAAGUACAUGCACACUGUACAUCACGUGAACUCAUUAGUAAAGAACAAAGAUUUGUUUGUCCCUUUUAUCCAGACGAACCUGUUAAGAUCCAGUCUAACCUGUCUUAAUGCGUCAAUCAAGGUGUGUAUCUAGCCUUAAAAUCGAUCAACCCUAGCACUGCAGUCAGUUCAGCUUAGUCGGUGACGAAGUGAACUACAACAGCUUAACUGGACUUUUGAGUACGUUUCGACAAAGAAGCAAUCAGUUCUUCUCAACAUGGCUCUUUCAAAGCAAGUAAGUGAAUUUUCCCGACUCCAAGCAAUGAAUUUGAAGUCUAAUCUACUUUGACAAUAAGGACUAACCUUUAGCUGUAUUUGUAGCACACUCAGAUCAUGCCACACCCUAACGACAGUUGUCAAAAGUUACUGAAAAGGCUUACUCUCAGUUGACUCAGUUACUGCAUAAAACAUAAAGCUGUAGAAUUUUCUGAUGUUCAGUUACUUGCCUAGUCUGCUACACAGCCGUUUUUAGGGUCGUCACGCAAUGCUCCUCCUCCUUUUAAAUCUAUUUUUGUACUAAACGUAAUCAAUUGUCUUUCAAGUGGAAUUCUGCGAGUCAGUUCUUAUUUAUUUUUAGAGUUUUCCUGAGUUUAAAUACAUUUUGUCUCAAUAACUGAACACACGAUCCAAAAUGAAAAUUUUCAAUACAAGCCUUAGUCACUGCAGAACUAAAUGACGCUGUAGACAGUUGCCUAUCACUACUGCUGCGAUUUCCUUUUGGAAAGCGUCUUUGAGAAAAAAGUCUUGACUGUUACUCAAAAACACUCCCGGAAUACUAGAAGCAGGAUCUUCUCGUGCGUGAAUUUUGUAUGGGGUGGCGUUCGGGGGAGAGAGGCUUGCGCACUCACCAGAAUUUAAUCCCCUCCCCCCCCCUCCCCCCCAUUUUUUAAAUUUUUUGUAUCCGUAAAGAAAGUUUAGUAGAUAGAACGAUUUCUUUCUUUCUUUUGGAGUAAAACAAGAAAUAUUGCAGAACAGCAGAAAGGCCCCUUCGUCAGCACACUGACUCGAUGAAUGAGCCUUCAAAGGUCGGUCUGAAGCGUUUCCAGAGUGGUGAAAUUUCAAGCCUUUCGAUAAAGUAGUAAACGCUGGGUAUAGAGGAAUUCAGUUUGUCGUGGGGGCAUCCAAAACUUUAUAAAAAACCAACUCUCUUGUAAAAGCCCAUUCACAUUGGUUAUGUCGAUCAUUAUUGCGUUACUUUUCUAUAUAUACCGCAGGCCUAGUUAGAGCCUAUGCCUUAUAGUACAGGCUCUCGCAGUUGUCUUAUAGAAGCAAUACCUUUUAAAACUUCAAGAAUUAAGUCGUCGUUUUGCUUAGUUGAAUCUAACGUGAAAACCUCGUGAAUCUAUCGACAACGAUGAAGAAAAUCGAUCUUUACCCCUUUUUACGGCUCGUAUCUAGCCAAAGACUACAACUUUUUUACGAGAUUAGUUUACUCAGUACAGCUUUCAAAAAGUCAGCUGUCUUUCAAAACUUCUAUCGAGCCAAUCGGAAUGCCUUAGCGGAGCCUAUUCUAUCAAUGUUUAACCGGAAAUAUGGGAACGGAUUUUUUCAUUUUAGUAUUUAUUUAAUUAAACACCCAAAAAAGGUAAAAAGGUAAAGAUCGUUUCAUUCACUGCUUUUGCACUUGUCAUGCGCACUAAGUUUGCAACGGUUAAUAAAACCGGGUGCGUGGAUUGAUAUUUGCGCGACAAGCAAAUUAAUAAAUGAAUAAAUGAAAAAAUAAUGGUUUUUAUCAUCAUUUUUUUGCAAGACUGGGAUCCAAACUGAAAUGAAGACCAAGUUUCAUAUGGACGGGAUCGUCAAUGGACACUCCUUUGAGGUAGAAGGAAAUGGAAGUGGACAGCCUUACGAGUAAGUUCCAGCUAGUUAAAUGCAGUACGCUCUUGUUUAAAACAGAUCUCAAACAAUAAACCCCAAACCUCCCACGCUUUUUUUAAAGGGACUUUUUCCCUAACACCGAAUCAUUUCAGCCUUAAUCGUGCAUGCCUAAAAAAACGCUCAAAGUAUACUUAUUUUAAAUAGGCAUCAGGGCUCCUGGCAGACCUAGUCUUCUGGUGCAGGAACAGAACCUAAUUACGAUGAUAGUAUGGUUUAUUACGAGUAGCAAAUUCUGACUUCUACUGGUUAUAAACAAGUAUACAAGGGGGGGGGGGGGCUUUAGCAAACUAAAUAUAAAAUAUGCUAAUUUCCAAUGCGUAUAAACUCUUUCUUUAAAAAGGGGUGUGCAGAAAAUGAAGCUUACAGUCACUAAGGGUGCGCCUUUGCCAUUUUCUAUUGACAUUUUGCUGCCUCAAGAAAUGUAUGGAAGCAAGCCAUUUAUUAAGUAUCCUGACAAUAUCCCAGACUACAUCAAGUUGUCAUUUCCUGAGGGAAUCACAUGGGAAAGAACCAUGACCUUCGAAGAUGGUGCAGUGUGCACUGCCUCUAACGACUCCAGGUAAUCGAAACUAAAUUUGAAUAAUUUGAAUUAUUCAAAUAAUUGUUAAAACAAUUAUUGGAUGAGUCAUCUGAAGCAUUAUGAAGAUCGAGGGCGGUGUCAUCCAUCAGCCGAGGCGGAAAAUUCUUUAGGUGAUUCGAAAGCCGAAUUCAAUGAUUAUUUUAUUAUUCAUUCAAAAUAAUUCCCAGUUUAAAAACAAGCUAAAACAUGCUUACCUUCAUCAAUGCUAAGUUCAUCUUUAAUUGCCUGUUCAUCGGCAAGUUUAGGAGAUUAAGGGUUAUUCAGUACUGCAAAUAUUCUCCAAAUAGCACAUGUCGUCUGUCGAGUUGUCUUCUUGCUGUUCUUGCUAUGUUUUUAGCCAGUAGUUCGCCUAUUUCUUCCCCGUGAAACGAGUCAGUGAAAUGUCCUGCCAUUUUGUACUCGGUAAGCACUUGUUUCCAUAUCUCAAACCUCCCUCUCCCUUUUCACUUACACCUACAUGAAAUGUUCAAGUUUUUUGACUCAGAGACUUAGUUUCUACUCAACAAAUGUCGUCAACGUGCAAGUCUCUUCAAAUUCAAAAGAAAAAAAGAAAUUGCGAAUCCCGAGCAGGAAUCGAUCCCGGAGUGCUAAAUCUGUAGUCUCAUGCCCUGACCACCAGACCACCGAGAACUCGUUGCAGGAAUGUGGAGCAAUUUAACUACUGUAGCGAAAACCCUAACCCUAAAUAAAAGCUAACCGUUAACCCUAAUAACUAUUCUAAGAGUUUAACCCUAAUCAGUAUGGUCAGUGCUUAACCUAAAUCAGUAUUGUUAGUGCUUAACCCUAAUCACUAUAGUAAGGGCUCACUCAUAUAUGUAUACAUAUAUGCAAUUACUUUGUGUACGCAUCACAAGGUAUCCAAGGGCGGUUUGAGAUAUGCAAACUACCGUUUACCGUUUUGGUUACCAAAACAAAUAAAUCUCGUCCCCAGGUCUUCUCGGUUAAAUGUUCAGUUUUCUGGCAAGUAUGCUGCACAGUUUACGUCAUUUUUCACAUAUCGAAAAAUUCUUCCAAAUUUGGUGCACAGUAGCUGGUUAUGAUGAAUUAUGCCUGGGAUUUUAGCCAAUCAGAAAUGAAGAAAUGUUUUGAAUGAAUAAUAACAAAAAUUAUUGGAACACAACAGUCGACAUUACCCAUUACCUGAUCCACGUUGCUAAGGAGUAGCUAACUAGGGUUAGUUAUCAACCCUUGUUCAUUAUAACUGCAAAAAAAAAAUUUUCUAGCCCUGUCAGAGAACAGGUACGGUGUAGAUGUCCGAUAUUUCAACCACUGUGAAUGAACCAAUUAUGUUGACGAAAACACUAGGUCUUCUGUCAGUACAUAGUGGUGCAGAUAUAUGAAAUAUAUGUGGUCUGGAAAUCGUCCAGUACUUUUCACCUCUCAAGACUUGCGAAAUAACUUUUAAUAAAAUAUCUUUUUUUAUGAAAAGACUCGUUGGCAACUGUUUCAUCUACGAAGUCAAGUUUCAAGGUGUAAACUUUCCCCGAGAUGGACCUGUUAUGCAGAAGAAGACAAAAGGCUGGGAACCGUCCACUGAGAGAUUGUAUGAGUGGGAUGGGUGUCAGAGAGGAGAUGUUGACAUGGCCUUGAAGUUGGAGGACGGUGGCCAUUAUACGGUCAACUUCAAAACUACUUACAAGUAAGUUAUUUACCCCUGCGCCUUCACAACUGCAAUAUAAGCAAAGCGAGACAUUUUUAAAAUUUACUUUUGUCUUAACCCUUUAAGUCCCAGUGGUGACCAACAUCAAUUUCCUCCUAAUGAUAUCCAUAAUUUGUCAAGAUUCUCUCAACACAUUCUUUAUGGAAAUGUAUAGAGGUUAGUUUGGAGAAUUUGUAUGUGGAUAUUGGGACUUAAAGGGUUAAACUGUAAAACAAAUAGCCACUACUACGCAAUAGUGCUUUUCGCCUUUCAUGAUAGCUUGUGAUUUUGCACAAUCGUGCUUCUCAUAUUCACGUGGUUUUUUCCGACUCAAACACGUAAAAAACUCAGAAUCAGCUCGUACAGCAUAAUAAACAAUAAGACCACAAGGGAAAAAUAAAUGUACAAAUGGUUGUUUUAAGUGGUCACUACAGAGCAUUUCUUCCACAGACCCAAACGUUAGAACCUCCUUGAACAGUGAAGCAGUUUAUAAACAGUACCACAAGAAAGUACUGCUUAGUAGCUUUCAGGUCUUAUCAUAAGAUUUUAUUCACAGACUCGAAAGCACGUUCAGUCAGAACGAACCAACUCUGGUACAACAUAAUAAAUAGUACCACAGGAAAGUACGUAUACCGGCCAAGAGGAUCCAAUUGAAUGAAGACAUGCACUUUUUAGGAUUUCGUCCAAGAACUUAGACGCACGUAGCCAUGUCGCAACGUUCCUCAGGGCUGUGCAUAAUGCACCCGCCCGAUAACGCCGUUCUAAUACUGAGAGGGGGAUUUACGGAGCAAGUUUAUAACUAAGAUUUAAAACAAGAAUAAGAAAUAGUAGAAGUAACUCCAUGCAAGUAGGCUACUCCUGAGCCAAGCUAGUUGAGAUUUUGCCAAUUUAUUAUCGCGAUAGCUUUUCAUAUUGCUCGUCCUAACCAGUAUCUGAGAGCAUGGAACAGGCUAAAAUUCUCAUUUAGGGCGUUUAAUAUAACAGUACGAGAUCAAAACGACCGUUCUGUAAAAAUUGAACAGUUUGGCCAAAACAAGGCUUAAACAUCCGAUUUCCUGAUAAUCAACACCAAACUACAAUUAAAACAAACGAACAAACAUGAAGAGAAAAAAGAGAUAACUGAUGGAAGAAGAAGCCGGAAAAACAUGGGCACCCAACGACAAUUUUUGGAAAAUAUCUGUUCGGAAGACGAUUUGAGAUCUAGAAUUUUCGGAACAUUUGUUGUAAAAUUUCUUGCUUGCCUGAUUCUCCUAGGAUUUGAGAACAUCUAAAAAUGGUAUAAUUGCCCAUUUUUAACGGCUUUUUUCCGUAAAAAAGUCACGUAGAAUUUUCGGGAGCCUUUUUUCUGCCUGAAAUUUUCGAAAAGGUAGACUUUCAGCGGGGAAAUCCGAACAGAUGAAAAAUUUUGGGGGGAUAAAAAUAUGCCUAUAUCUUCCGUUUAAAUACUAAAAUACGUUCAACAAUGCUAUGUUUAAGUGGUUUUGAACUAUAUUCUCGUUGGGUGCCCCUGGUAAAAGGAAAAAUAAUUGUUGUCUAAGUUUUUAUAAUGAUCCAUUCCCGAGACAAGACAAAGGGCAAUAACCGAAAAUGAACGUGGAAAGAGUAUUAAGGUAGACGUUUAUCAACGAGACAAAUUUUGUGGCUUGAUUUAUUUGCAUGGCAUUUUGAUCGAUUGUUAGUCAGCGUCUAUUUUCAACCUAACAUUAAUUGUUUGUUUGUUUUUUGCAGAUCAAAGAAGAAGGACUUGAAGGUGCCACCGUAUCACUUCGUUGACCACAAACUAGAGCUACUGAGCCACAACAUCGUUGGCACCAAAGAAGACUUUGAGCAAAAAGAAACUGCUCAUGCACAUCUUUCUAGCCUCAACUCCCUUAAUCAGUAA